AUGCAGCUCGAAUGGCUGACCAUCCUGAGCCUUCCGAUUGUCGCGAUCGCCUGCUGGCUGUACACGGUCUCGGUCGCGAAAUCGCGGUUCCCGAAGCUCAGGAAUAAGAGGAUAUGUCUGCUGAUUGCGCAUCCAGACGAUGAGGCGAUGUUCUUUGCGCCGACGUUGCUGGCGUUGACGGACCCGAGUCUGGGAAACCAUGUAAAGAUUUUGUGUCUGAGCAGUGGCGAUGCGGAUGGGCUCGGCGAGACGAGGAAGAAGGAGUUGGUGAAGAGUGGGAUGUUGCUGGGUCUGCGGCAGGAGGACGACGUGUUUGUCAUUGAAAGCGCGCAUUUCCCAGAUAGCAUGACCACGACUUGGGAUAAGCAGGCCAUUGCAUCCCUCCUCUCCGAUGCCUUUGCGCCGAACCUUGCGAAUCCGAUGAAGAAUAAAUCGGCCGAUGCGCCGACGGCUACAAUCGAUGUGCUCAUCACGUUCGACAAGUUUGGCGUUUCUUCACAUGCAAAUCAUAUCUCCCUCUACCACGGCGCCCGCCAUUUUAUUGCUUCUCUUAUACAUAAUCGACCUGGUUGGGGAUGUCCUGUGGAUCUAUAUACCCUGAACACCGUUUCCUUGGUCCGGAAAUAUACGACUUUCCUUGAUUCGAUAACAAGUCUUCUCGCAAUGGCGUUCGGAAAGAAACAAAUGGAGGCACAUCCCAGUCCGCUGCUUUUCUUGAGCGGAAUUGGGGAAGUGAGGAUUGCACAGCAGGCGAUGACCACAGCGCAUAAGAGCCAGAUGAGGUGGUUUCGUUGGGGAUGGAUAGGGCUGAGUCGGUAUAUGGUGGUGAAUGAUUUGAAGCUGGAGAAAAUCACGGGAAGAUAGAUGACGAGUGUAUGAUUGAUGUUUCGAGAAGAUAGUUACGUUGUAAUGAUGGUGUGUAUAUACCUACAUAAUACAUAAACCUCUUUGGUCUCCCACGAUAGAUGUGGUUGAGAUUUUAUAUUUUGCUCGCU